AUGUUCGCCUGGUUUAUUGUGAGUCUCUUAUUUUGCUCAGCAAAUUUUGUCUGGAGCGCCACUCCAUACAAAGAUUGUGGAUCUACACUUGCUACUGUUCAAGCCUUCGAAGUCACUGAUUGCGCGGCAGCUCCAUGCAAGUUCAUCAAAGGUCAUACGUAUGCGAUGAAUUUGACUUUUCAAGCAAAGGAAGCAUCAAAAUCUGCAACAGUUUCCUUACACGGCAUCAUCGGUGGUAUUCCGGUUCCAUUUCCAAUUCCGGACAGUAAUGCUUGCAAUCUUGGUGUCAAAUGUCCAGUUGCUCAAUCCGAUGUGAAUGUGGGAUCUUUUGCAGUUCCAGUAUUACAAUCCUAUCCAUCGCUUUCACUCUACGUCAAAAUAGAGGUCGUCGCUGAUGAUCAAAAGCAAAAUUACGUAUGUUUGCAAUUUCCUGCAACAAUUAUAGCGGGUUAG